AUGGAGAGCAGAGAAGCCCAGAUCACGAUGUGUGACCGAGGGGUUCAGAUGCUCGUCACCACAGUGGGCGCCUUCGCCGCCUUCAGCCUCAUGACCAUCGCCGUGGGUACCGACUACUGGCUCUAUUCCCGGGGUGUGUGUCGGAUUAAGACGCCGGGGGAGAACGAGACCAAUCGGAAGAACGAGGAGGUGAUGACCCACUCGGGGCUCUGGAGGACCUGCUGCCUGGAAGGUGCAUUUCGGGGAAUCUGCAAGAAGAUAGACCAUUUUCCAGAGGAUGCUGACUAUGAGCAGGAUGCGGCCGAGUACUUACUGCGCGCUGUGAGGGCCUCCAGUAUCUUCCCCAUCAUCAGCGUGGGCCUGCUCUUCAUGGGGGGACUCUGCGUGGCGGCAAGUGAGUUCUACAGGAGCCGGCACAACGUCAUCCUCAGCGCAGGGAUCUUCUUCGUGUCGGCCGGUCUAAGCAACAUCAUUGGCAUCAUCGUGUACAUCUCAGCCAACUCCGGGGACCCGAGCCAGCGUGACGCCAAGAAGAGCUACUCCUACGGAUGGAGCUUCUACUUCGGCGCGCUGUCCUUCAUCAUGGCUGAGAUGGUGGGCGUCCUGGCCGUGCACAUGUUCAUCGACAAACACCGGCAGCUGCGUGCUCAGUCGCGUGUCGAGCUCCUUAAAAAGCCGCCCGCCCCCGGGCACCACCGCCGCUUCCGCCGGCGCUCCCGCUCGGCCGAGCCGGCCUCCCGCGACGACUCACCCACUGGCCAGGGCUACGGUGGCCCCGGCUCUGCCGAUAUCUCCAUGUACACGCUGUCACGGGAGUCCGGCAAGGCUAGUGCUGCCUCGCUUCUCAACUCAGACAGGGAGUACCUACAGGCCCAGAAGGACUACCAGGACACGCUACAGCGGGAGGCGGCCAAUCGGAGGACCACCCCAGUGUGAGGGGGGCGGGGCAGA